GACGACUUGUCACGAGUGGCCUCGAGACUGGCGCAAACCGAGCUGCAGGUGCCCGAGACACAUACCACGGAGCUGCAUCAGCUCCAGAAGGAGCUGGGCACUGUGACCGGUGAGCUGGAUCUGGAGGAGCGGCAGGCACAGGCAGAGAAACUGACAGUUUUAAUAGAUCAGGAUGUGAAAGCUGCACGCAGCUUCGGAUCACAUUCUGGCUCAGCUCAUGAAGUGGAUCCUGCCCUCGAGCAGCAGAGACUGGGCCAGGUUCAGACAGAACUGGCUCAAAUCAUGCAGCAGUUCCAGAAGGUUGUCCUUGAAUUGAAAUCCUUGCAGUCACAUGUGCAAGAGGAGAAAGAGGCCACUGCGGCAGCCGAGUCUGGCUUCCAAGAAAGCAGGAUUGAGGCUGAUGCUGCGCAGCGUGGGGCAAACAAACUAGAAACUCGUGUCACAGCAGCAGACGGAAGAAGACUCGAGGCGACAUUUGUGCCGUACUCUGCGGAUGUUGGUUUUGAGGAGGUACUACACGCUUCAGAACAUGAAGAUGGCCGACAGAGGUGUCAGCUCCAGAAGGAGCUGGGCACUGUGACCGGUGAGCUUGGCGCCUCCCGGGCUCGUUUGGAGGCUGCCGUGGCCGAGAAACAGGUGCUCGAAGCCCGACUGGCGGAAGCCUUGCAGGAUGUAGAAGAGGCCCGGAAGCAACGUGAGGAGAAGGGUUGGGAGGCAGCUGAAGCUGCGGCUUCAGCCAAUCGGGAGAUGGCAAGGCAACGCUCCGAGAGCGACGAAAAGUACCGUCUUCUGGAGAAGGAGCAUUCUUCCGUGAGGGACAAGCUGCAAAGUGCGCUGUCCGAGCUGGCUCAGGCGGAGAGUCAGAAGAAGGUGCUGGAACUACAGGUUGAGACGAAGUGCCAACAGCUGACAGAUCUGGAGGAGCGGCAGGAACGGGAGCUUGCGGCGCAGGCAGAGAAACUGGAGCAAACGCAGGUGGAAGUGGAUCGUUUGACGACUGAACUGUCAAAAGCAUCCCAGGGGUCACCAGCCGAGGACAGAUGUACUGGCUCCAUAGACUUUCUAGAACUUCUGCUGGAGUCGGUUGCAAGUCCAGUUCGGUCAGAGAGUGACUUGGCCUUGAGACCCUGGCGACAGGUAUGCCCUCGCAGUGAGAAUGACGGGUCGGAAAAGGAUCGCAAAAUCCAGGAGUUGCAGGCUCAACUCGAUGAAGUGAGCCAGCAGCUAAACCAGGUCCAGGCUGAGCUUGAGCAGCGCUCCAUCGAAGCUGCCGAAGCUCUCGUGGAUAUCGGUCAGGAUGUAGACGCCAUUGAGUGGGAGAGUGGCCAGCGCGGGCGCAAGCUGGAGGCUCAGAUUGCAGAGAUCACCGAGAUGGAGAAAGACGCGGAAGAGACCGUGGAGGCCUUGUCCGAGGAGCUGGAUCGCUGCAAUGCUAAGCUGGCAGCAAGUGAAAACAAGAGGAGGGAGCUCGAGUACCACUUGGAGGAUACUUCUGCAAAGCUUACCAGCGUCCAAGACGAGCUGGCCCAGUGCCCUACUUGA